UUAUUUGUGGGUUUAUCACCAUCCUUGUAUUUUAUUAGUAAAGGUAAUUAUUACAUUUAUCCAGACAUGGAUGAACAAUAUCUGGCACAUUUAAGCCACAUUGAUAAUAAUUUAGAAAUAUUCAAGUUAACAGUAAUAUCCUGUGGGUUAUUAUAAAGUGAGUUCUAUAAUGUUAUUUUCUACUUACCUAAUAUUAAUUUUUUGUAGACAUUUCCUCCUCUCUCCCCUCUUUUAUUGAAUAAUUUGUACCAUUCUUUCAGCCACUCAGUUGAACUUCGGUCAUUUGUGUCUCCUGGUCAUCCUCUGCACAUUCUUGCUGUAAGGUUCUAUUGUUGCCUUGUCUCCCAAAUCCAUCUCCUCCUUCCGCCUUUCCCCACUUUGGUUUUAGAUCCUUCUUUCAUCUCAGAAUUAGCCAUCCUUCUCUAAUUCAUGUGAAAUUAUUUCUUUUUAAUCAAUGUGAAAUUCAGAAAAAGAACAUAGGUUUUCAAAAUGAGUCCUUGAGUCAGAUUGAUUCAGAUCAUUGUUCUUCUGUGUACUGGCUAUGUGCCUUUUGCAAUUUUUGAACCUCAAACAUUCCUUUAUAAAAUGAGCAUAACAAUAUUUAAUUUAUAAGACUUCAGUGAGGAUUAAGUGGGACUAUGGAGUGUUUAAAGUGCCUAGCAGGGAGUAAGCACUUAGAAAAUGUCGAUUCUUUCCAACAUCUGUUCUUCUGCUUCAGAUCUCUUAAUUUUUACAACUCAAUGUGCUCUUUUCCUCAACCAUCUCACCAGUUUAAAUAAAACAAGCUGAGUCUCUGAAUAAUCUAUUUCUUUCACAAUCUAAAUUACUCCAUCUGCAAAUCCUAUUGGUUCUAACUCAAUACAUAUCUUCAGUUUCUCUACGUCUCUCCAUUGCCACUGCUAUAACCCUAGUCCAAGAAUCUUACCUGUACUGUUGCCAUCCUUCUGCCUCCACUCUGGUCCUCUUUCAGCCUGCUUUCCACAGAGCCUAAGUGAGAUUUAAAACAUAAACCAGAUAAUAUCAGUCCCCUGCUUAAAACCUUCCAGUGGCUUUUCAUACUCAGAGUGAGAUCCAACUCUUACCCUCUCCUAACACUCCCACUCUUAUGCUUCAGGGGCACUGCCCUUUUUACUUUUUCUGCUAACACAUCAAACUCAUGGCUGCCUCGGGCCUUAGCACUUGGUAUUCUCUGUGCUUGGAAUACUCAUUCCCCAGAUUUCCAUGUGACUUGCUGCUUCUUGUCAUUUAGAACUCAGCUCUAAUUGUCCCCUGCCUUCUAUCAGUAGUGCUCCAUCACACCAUCUUAUUUUUCCUAAUACUUACCACUAUGUGAAAAUAGCCUGCGUUUAUUUCUCUAUUUUCCUCCACAGUAAGAAUGAAAUGUUCUUAUUCUAGGGCCCAUUUCCUACCAGAGUGUUUGGCACAUAGUAAAUAUGCUGAAAAAAACCUUGACUGCCUGAAUAAAUGAAUGAACAAAUAAAUAUGAACCCACAUUUAUAUUAAUUACAUGAGCCAAGAAUGGUGUUUUUAUUUAUUAAAUGUGAGGACCUACCGGUUUCAUACAUCACACAUAUGCUUGUGCUGGAAAUAUUACUGUAAAUCAGUAGUAAUUCAAUCCCUGGGUUGGGCUUUUUCCUCUAACCUAAAUAGUUCUCAGAUUUACUCUUCUCCCCAUCUCCACUUCCACACUGUCACCUUAGUGCAAAUUACCAUCCUCUGUGGCCUUUUUUCUGUAAGGCUCUAAUCUCCCAGUAUCUAUUCGCCAGACUGCAGGCCAUUGAGCUUUUCAGUUGCUAUUACAUCUAUGCUUGAAAACCCUUUUAAGUUUUCUUUGUUCUCAAGAUAAAGACCACAAUGUGGUCUGGUCCACCACCCCACAUCACGCCAGCCCUCACUCUCUACUGACCACACUGUCUCCUCCCCUCCUGGUUCCCGCCUGCCACCUGGCUGGGAAGCCCUGCUUCCCGCUUCCUGCAAAGUUCUAUACCGCACCCAUUUCGCCCACUUCUUCGGAUUUCAGGAGACUGUUCCAUUUUCGGGGAAGCCCUCCCUGAUUAGGCCAAGCCCCACUCCCCACCAUACGGCGCCACAUCAUCACGGGCCUCUCUUUCAGGGCUUGUAUUUGUUUUAGAAGUAUGUACUCCAGAAUACAAUCUUAUUGACGUGCGUCACCGUGAGCUUGCGCUCAAUAUCUAUUUACUGAAGGAAUAUACGAACUAGCGGCCUGACUAUUCCUAGCCCCUCCCCUACAACUGCCGCGCAGAUAUUACGCAUUAAGCAGGCGCCGCGACAACGGAGAGCGCGGGCGCCUGCGCGAAAGGAUACGCAUGCGCAGAGGGGAGAGCCCGCUGACAGAUUCUCGGUGGCGGCGGCGGUGGCUCUGGACUGCGGGGAAUGGGAAUCUUAGGUCCCUGACUGAGCACCUCCCCCGCCUCCCUGCCCCCGACAUGGCUCAGGAGAAGAUGGAGCUAGACCUGGAGCUGCCUCCGGGUACGGGCGGGAGCCCGGCGGAGAGCGGCGGCGGCGGCAGCGGCGGCGGCGGCGGCGGGGGCCUCAGGAGGUCUAACAGCGCCCCCCUCAUCCACGGCCUCAGUGACACUUCGCCGGUGUUCCAGGCCGAGGCGCCGAGCGCCAGGCGGAACAGCACAACGUUCUCGAGCCGCCACGGCCUGCUGCUACCGGCCUCCCCUGUCCGCAUGCACAGCAGCCGCUUGCACCAGAUCAAACAAGAAGAGGGCAUGGACUUAAUCAACCGAGAGACGGUCCACGAGCGGGAGGUGCAGACCGCAAUGCAGAUAAGCCACUCCUGGGAGGAAAGUUUCAGCCUGAGUGACAACGACGUGGAGAAAUCCGCCUCCCCCAAGCGCAUCGAUUUCAUUCCUGUGUCACCAGCACCGUCACCCACUCGGGGAAUUGGGAAGCAGUGUUUUUCGCCAUCCUUGCAAAGUUUUGUAAGUAGCAACGGAUUGCCUCCAAGCCCUAUUCCCAGCCCAACGACCCGAUUUACCACCCGGAGAAGCCAGAGCCCUAUCAAUUGCAUUAGACCAAGUGUUCUUGGACCAUUGAAAAGAAAAUGUGAAAUGGAAACUGAAUAUCAGCCAAAGAGAUUUUUCCAGGGCAUCACCAACAUGCUUUCUUCUGACGUUGCACAGCUGUCAGAUCCUGGUGUGUGUGUAUCUUCGGAUACCCUUGAUGGAAACAGCAGCAGUGCCGGAUCUUCUUGUAACUCACCAGCGAAAGUCAGCACUACCACCGACUCUCCUGUGUCACCUGCCCAAGUGGCUUCUCCAUUUAUUCCACUAGAUGAACUUUCGUCUAAGUGAUUCAUCUUGAGACUCUUUUUGCAGUGGAGAGAGAGAAUAAUCAAGUUGGAGCAAGCACUGAACUUUGUCGAUUAAUUUGAGGCUAUUUCCUGUUUGACCCCUUUUCUUUUUUGAUAUUUCCUGAAAUGAUGUUAUUCUAGAGAACUUCUAUGUCAGGUUCCUGCGGAUACCCUUGAAUUCAGUGUAGUAAUAUUUUCAGACGUUUCCCCAAUAAGUGUGUUAAAGCAUACAUCUUUACGCUGCUAAUAUGUCUAAAUACAUAUGUUAUCCCUUGAUUUUUUUAAAUAAUUGAGAGCUCUAUUUAUUUAUGGGAUUAUUAAGUUCUGAUGAAAAUAUAAAUGUUGACUUAAUCAGCAUAGUAAACUGAUGUUAAAAAUUUCAUACUUCAUGCCCACACUAAUUUUUAAUGCUAUUUUCAGUGGUUGCUGUUUUCCAUUUGAUGAAGAACAAUAACUUGACUAUACAGCUUUUAAAUACUUUAGUUAUAACAUAUCAAUCUAGUGGUUGUCUGUUUUACCCAGGAUUUCUUGGAUAUUUCGUUUUCUGGGUACAGAAGUGGACGGGAGGAUAAAUGAUUAAAGAACAAAUUCUAAAAGUUUGCAACACAUCCUUUCAAAUUAACUGUAUAAAAGUAAACAUUUAAGAAAAACAUUUUUUAUGAAAUUUUAAUAGUAAUUCUAGUCAGUCAUACAAAUACACUAUAGAGAAAGUAAAAAUUUUCCUUUUUUCUUUUUUUAACCAGAGAGUGCAUUUGCUUGGGUGUAAUCCUAAAGUGAAAUGGGACAGUGCCUUGCAGUCUUUGCCCACUAUACAUAGGCUGAGGCUCUUUGUACUACUGAAAGUUAAAAGUUUUUGAAAUGUAGAAAAUGUGUGGAAAGGCUCGUUGAACUUCGGCGCACCCAGGUAAACAAUACUCUCUCAAUUGUUGAUAUACUUUAAAAUAUUCAGUUGUGCCUCAGUUCCAAAAAUGAUUGCCAACCAGGAGCCAAUGCAAUUUUUGGCUGCUUUUCUGCUCUACCCAUCUGUCACUUUACUGGUUUUCCCUUGUUCAGGAAGAAAGCAGCUGUUUCCUUGCCAACAGGUCCUUCUUCUCCAUAUCCCACCAAACCAGGGCAUCAUUGAUUAGACAAAGAUACAGUGUAACUUGGAUUUCUGACAGCAACAACAGGACUGAAUUGUUUAACCUCUGUGGUUAAAGCUGCAGCUUGGUUGUCUGCCUUGGGGAUGUCGGUUAAUUAAGGGAUGAUGAUUUGCAAGGGAAAAUCAGUGGAGAGUCACAUAGGUAAAUCUUAUUAACUUAGGUUUUGCUAAAGGUAGAAUAGUCAAAUGUUCUUUUCUUUGCCUUUACAAUUAAGACAAAAUAAUAAGAAUAGCAAAUUUUUUUAUAUUAUGCUUCCUUAUACCUCAUAUAUCUUCCUUAACUAGAUAGUUUUACAGAAAGAAUACAAAGAGUAAAGGGGAAAAAUAACUCAGAACAACAACAAAAACAACAAAAAAGCUCUGAUUUUUAAAGUUACUGCUUACGGAGACUAACAAUUUUGUGGAAUUUCUACAACUAUGAGAAUAAAUGGAACUGGUCAACUCUUGACAGUUGCCUCAAGAUGGAGUGAAAUUACAUUGAGGGUAAGACUGUCUACAGGCUUAAAAUUUUCUCUGGGUGAUAGUGUUCAUGUGCUCCCAUUCUCAACCUUGUUCUUUAAAUUUAAACUUAAAUAUUCUGAGUUCUUGUUGAGUACCUUGCCUUGCUUCCAGAGGUAUUUGAACUUCAUUGUCUUCAACGCAGAAAUGGUUAAUUUUCUCACUUCACCUGUUCUUGCAUUAUCACAAUUGAUGUCAUCACUAAUAUCCUAAGCUAGAAACCAUGGAAGCCUCUUUGACUUUUCCUUUUCUCUGUUGGAUUAGCUUAAUCACCAAGUCCUGUCAACUUCUGAAAUGAAUUUCUUGCCUUCUCUUAUCUGUUGCCCCUGAUUUUGCUUAAGUUUCAGCCUGUCUUCUGUCUCCUUUUGGUUCAGUCUUCAUACUACCUCUUGUGUAAUCUUUCUAAAAUUUAAACUUGAUGUUUUUUCACUCUCUUGCUUGAAAACCGUUUUAAGGAAUGGUUUCUUUAGCCUCAGAUAGAAGUCCUUUAUGAUCUGGCUGUGUUCUGAAAUAGCUCCAAUCCUCUCCUCAUCUCUGUCCCAGUAUACAUCUUCUUUCCUUCUUACGCUGCAAACGCUAGACCACUUGAUAUUCUUCAAGUAUGUCAUGUACUUUAAUGUCGGUGCUCUGGGAUAGAUUGUUCCUUCUCCCUAAAAUGCCAUUCCUAUCCUUUUCAGGCAGGCAAAUUGCACGUGAUUUUAAGUAUGAAGGCAAUGUAUACCUACUGAUUAUAAAAUAUUUAAACAGUGUACAUAUCUGUGUUUUUUUUUAAGUUUGCUUUUAACUGUAAAAUUCAUCUUCCCUGUCCACAGGUAACUUCGGUUAGCAAUUUGGUAUGUAAUGUACAAGGUGUGUUACUGGCAUUUUCGUGUAUAUAAAUGUAGGAAAACAACAUGUCAUUGACACCUCUCUUCUUUUCUUUCCGCCAUAUCUAAUCAUUCCUCAAGUCUUAUUGAUUUUAUCAGCUAGAAUCUAUCUCCUUGCUUCUACCUCUGUUGCCACCCUGAUCCAGGCUACCAGCAUUAGGUCUCUUAGGUUUCUGAAGCAACUUCCUAACUCCCACCUGUGCCCAUCACACUCGGCUAUCCAUCCGCUCUCCAUAUAGCGAGUAGAGCCAUCCUUUUAAAAUUGCAGAGCUGAUCCAUCUCCCAGCCGAAAGCUUUUCAUUUUUUUCCUGUUGUUCUCAUGAGUAUGCCAAAAUGUAUGUAUUCUGGGCUAGGAGGCCCUGGGGAAUUUGGUCCUUCCCUCUUCCUCCCCUUGUUUUCUGUGCUUUACCCUCCCUGUCUUGCUUUUCUUUUCCUUAAAUAUAUCAUGUUCUCACCUAUUUUAGAUCCCUUUCCUUGAAGAUAUGGAAACAUUUAUUUCUGUAAGCUUAUUCUAUAUAGUUGGUAAGUUUUUAAAUCAGAUGAGGUUCUAAGGGUAUAUGGACAAUUUACAUGAUCAUAGUAUUGUUAAUAACUUCAUUCUGUAGAAUGUAAGGGCUUAGCUCAUGUGAGAAUUAUCCUUCAAAAAGCAUUUUUAAGGUAUUAGUAUUGCUAAUCUAUAAACUUUGUGCAAGAAGUCCUAAAGCCAAUAGCAACAUUUAUUUAAAGUACAGUUCGUCACAUAUAAUAAACCUCUGUUAUGUUUUCCUUUAUUAUGCUUUUUAAAAACACAGUGUAAAUGGGAGAAAUAAUUAAGGAUCAUUAAAUCCAAGGCUGCUGGAUGUUAGGACCCUUAAGCGUAUUUAAAAGAUUGAUUGUAAUCAAGAAUAACUUGUAUCAGGUUGCCUUCCAGUGAUUCACAUUUAUUAAUUCAAUAAGUUACAUACCUAUAGCAAGAGACCACUUGGCAAUAAAAUUGGGGAAAGAAUUAAGACUUAAAUGAG